AUGGUGAAGGUGCCGACGGUGUCGGUGCACCUGGCGGGCGGCGCGGAGGUGGCGCUGCCGCCGGAGAACUACCUGAUCCCCGUGGACACGCGGGGCACGUUCUGCCUGGCGCUGGCCGGCACGGAGGGCGGCGUCUCCAUCGUGGGCAACAUCCAGCAGCAGGGGUUCAGCGUCGUGUUCGACGGCGACAAGCAGCGCGUCGCCCUGGUGCCCAAGAGCUGCUAG